UACCAAAUGUAUUUAUUUAGUAUUCAAUAUGGAAAAAAUAACUUUCUCCACAGAUGGCACUAGCUACUGUUUUUUAACCUUACAAUUAUUACACAAUUUUCAAAAAUUACCAAAGAUGAAUUGUAUACGGCGCCUUAUUUUGAAUAGCAGAUUGUCACACAAUUGCAGAUCGACCGCAAGAAUCCUACACAUGACCCGUCCACAGUACCUUUGUCGCCCAGUGUCCACAACCGAUACACAGCGUUCUUACAACUUUAAAACCUUAACAGCGAACAUAGCGAACAAAUUUAGUCUAUCGAAAAGUCGAUCGAGGGUUCUCGCGUAUUUGUUAUUUGAAUCAAUUGUAGACCAUAUAGACUACGCGGAGAUAUUCAAGACGUUAAAGCUGCCCGACACGUUUUAUUCGUGGUUUGUUGUCACCGAGCUGUACCUUUGGAUGCUGAUGGUGCGGUUCAUGGCGGAAGGCGAAGACGGCGAGUGUCUACGUAAUACCAUUUUGGAAGUGUUAUGGGCCGAUGUAGAUCAGAGAGUAAAGAAACUGGGCGAGGCUCGCUUGUCAACGGUAAGAGCGCAAAUUAUCGAGCUGUCAGAUCAACUUCGAGCCGCUAUAAUUGCGUAUGACGAGGGUCUCCAGACUAGCGACGUCGUUUUAGCGGGGGCUCUUUGGAGGCGGCUCUACCAACAAGGAACUGUUGAUCCUGAAUGUUUGGAUGUGCUCGUUAAAUAUAUUAGGAGACAGGUGAAGCUAUUAGAUAAUACGGCCCAUGAAGAAUUUAAGAAAAACAAGACUGUCAAGUGGGAACCAAUUCAGUAAAUGUUAACAUUGUAAAUACCUUUUCUUGUAUCAGUUUCAUGAUAAAUUUCAAUCAUCGAAUAGUAUCAAAUGUCUAU